AUAGUAGUGUAUAAUAAUAAUAAUAAUAAUAGUCAACAAACUUUUUUUUUGGGCCACCAAUUGAUCCGAUGAUAAACAAUUGUUAACAAUAACAACAACGUCCCGACGGUAACGACAACAAUGUCUUAACCACCGAUUGUUUUGACGAUAAAUCCAAUCAAUCAAUCAAUCAGAUGAAGAAGUCAAUCAUCAGUAGUAGUGGUGGACUGAUCUGAUCUGAUCUAUAUAUUUAUAGACCAAUUAAAAUAACAAUAAUAACCUUAAAAUAUAUAUAUCGCCGAUAACAACAACAACAUUAUGGUUGCCGCCUUCCCGAUCGUCAAGUUGGCCGCACUGGCCUUUCGCCAGGUGGCCAAACCGAUAGCCAACUCGUUCAAGACACGGGCAAAGUCGUCGCCGUUUUUUCGCCACUAUGUCUGUAUGCCGCCGGCCCAGCUCUACCAUUGGCUAGAGGUUAACGUCAAAAUGAAAUUGCUAGGUCUCGGCAAACCCAAUCUGGUACAGAAACUGAACGAAACGGCGGCCAUCGAAUUGGGUGCCGAACUGCUGGGUGAAACUAUUAUAUUUUUGGCCGCAGCCGCUACCCUGACAGCCGAAUAUGUACGCCAGACAAGAAACAGUAACGCCCAGGCAAUCGUAUUGGAGGAACGGUGGACCAGUGCCGAAAAACGGUUAGAGGAACUGGAGUUUCUAGUUGAUAAACAACGGGCCGAGAUUACCGAACUGACCCGAUUGGUGUAUAAGUCGGAUAGUAAGAAACAAUCGCCGCCGGCCAACGGUACCGGUGAUGGUAAACCAAAGACGGGACUAUUUGGUCGACCAGUAGUUUAGUUCAGUAGUCUAGAAAUGAUCGACAAAAUUAAUUAAUUAAUUAAUUGAUUGAUUGAUUUAUUGUUUUGUAAUAGUUUUGUAAAACAUAAAUUAUUUUACCGUUUAAUUUGAAGUUACCGUAUAAUAUAGACAUUUAUAUGUAUAAAUAU